GCCAGCCGGGCUGUUUUUGUCCGCAGGCCUGGGGCCAGCGACGAAUGCUCUCUUUGUUGGCCGCCGGUCAGAUGGAAGAGCCUCCUGGGAAGACGCUUAGCUGUGAAGAGAAGGAAAAGUUGAAAGAAAAAUUAGCAUUCCUGAAAAGGGAAUACACCAAGACAUUGGCCCGCCUUCAACGUGCCCAAAGAGCUGAGAAGUUUAAAAAUUCUCUUAGGAGAACAGUGGAAGAACAAGAUUCCUCACUCCAGCAGGAAGUUUCAACACAGCUAACCCACACAGAACCUAAAAAUACAGUAUCUCCUCAUGACACGUUGCAGAUCAAUACCCAUGUUGAUGAAGAAACUGGAGAAAAGACACCCAGCUCACUUGACAUUGAGCCUGUGUUGUUUAGCUCUGGACGUGUCUCAGUGGAAGGAUCACGCAUACAAGGAUCAGAUGAUAAUCAGAAACAUUUUCCUUUCAGGGUCAAUCGCCCUGAUGCUAAGAAAAGGCAGAGAAAGCUGCUGGGGAGAAGAAAGAAAGAGGAGAGAAGAUAUAUUUCACAGGAGAGAGAACCUCUCUCUGAUACUGAUUCACUCAUACUCUCUGGAAAAAGACUAAAGGAACAGGAAAAAAUCAAUAGAGAAAAUCCCAAAACACCUGUAACUGAACUAAGAACUUACCCCCUUUCAAGUCCUAAGUGUGCCAUUCCAAAUUCUCCAGCACCAGUUACAGAAACUAAUGUAGGGAGUGUAUUAAUUCUACCAAGCACCAAACCACAGAGAGAUGUUGAUGCCCUCCUUAGAGGAAAUGAUUUCCCCAGGGCGACUACUCUUCCUCUGCCUACGCCAUCAGACAGCAGUAGCGGUCAGCUCCUCGAACACAAGCGCUCUCAAAGUAACUGUGAACUUACUACUCACAGCUUAAGAAACAUUAGCUCUGCUUCACCUGUAAACUUGCAGGUACAGAAGGAAAAAAUGACUGUCUCUACAGAUAACCCAGAGGUAAACAAAGUUGGAAGUAUAAGUGGCCAGGCAGCUAGAAGUCCUAACUUAGGGGCAGAUAAUUUAUGUUUUAUAAAUGAACUCACUUGUGAUAACUUAGUGGAAAAUGAAAACCAAAACUUAAAAGAACAAAAUCACACAGAGAUGUCUCUUGAAUCUCCCAAUGAUGCUCUCGGUGGUAGAAAUGAAAGUCUUCUAGAAAAAGAAGUUCUAAGUCAGUCUAAGAAUCUUAGCCUGGGAGUAAUUUCUCCUGUUUCUACAGAAGAUCAAAUACAUUCUUGCACAAUGCUUGAAGGCCUUCUCUUUCCUGCAGAAUAUUACGUUAGGACAACACGGCGCAUGUCAAGCUGCCAGAGGAAAGUAGCACUGGAGGCUGUAAUUCAGAGUCAUUUAGGUGUCAGGAAAAAAAGCUUUAAAAAUAUGAGUACAAAAUCUGCUAAAAAAUUUAAUGUUUCCAACGAAAAAACUAAGCAAAGUGAAAUUAAGGUGUCUGACACACACGCAGAACAACCAAGUUCAGGAAGUCCUCAGAAACUUCUCUCAUUAACUGAAGUCAGCUUUUCCACUGACUCCACAGAAGAUGACUUUUCCAGGAAGACAGUUACCAAGCCAUCAGGUAAAAAAUGCAGAGGAAAAAGAAAGUCAGCGUGCACCUCUCUGUUAGACCACCAUGAACUACUUUUGCCAACUUCUGGCACAUCAGGUGUUAAGAAGUCCAAGGAAGAAAUUGCCUUGCACAAAGAUCAGAAUGAAAAGGCAAUUAUUCACAGUAAGAAGAGAGUUAAAGGGAAGGAAAGUCAUUGUCAAAAAGAGGACUCCCUUUCUUACAGUAAUUACGCUUAUUUCUCUUCGGAUGAUGAUGCUUUCAGCACUCCAUCUCAUAAGAACAAAAUGCUAAGUUUAAAGCAUCUGUCAUCUUUUCUCAAAAUCACAGACUUUCAGUUACCUGACGAAGACUUUGGGUUUCUUAAGCUUGAAAAACUGAAGUCCUGCUCAGAAAAGCGGAUGGAGCCUUUUGGAUCAAAAGUACAUGGAGAGGGGCAUCUUAAAGGGGAAAGUUACAUUGUUGUGGACGAACCAAGCCCUAAACAAAGCAAUAUAGAAAAGGAGGGCAUGGAAGAGGAACUAAUUACUCUACCAGGAAAGGCACAUUCUAGAAUGCCAAGCCAAAGAAGCCAGCCUCGGGGAAAGGACCUUUCUUCGUCCAUUUUACUUUUCACUCCUUUGAAUUCUGUUGCCUCUGAUGAUAAUGACAGACUGACCGCAGACCUGUGCUCACCUGCUUUCCCCAUAUUAGGCGCUACUCCAGCUUUUGGCUCCCAAGCCCACAAGGAAAAGGUGUCUGCAGAGGCGGGUGGACAAACAUGCUCGCCACUCCGUCUUUCUCGCUUAAAAGCCACAGUCAGCCUGCCUAGCAGUCGUAAACAGUGCAACAGCUGGAGCAGCCCCCCGAGAUUAGAUGGCAGCCAGCAUGUUGCAGGAAGAGCAGGACAGCCUUCCUGCGACCCUGACUCUGGUCCCCAAGCAACAACUCUGCCCACCGAGUCUUUCACCUUCGAAGCAAGUCAACUCCAGGGAUCACAGAGACAUUCUGCUGAGCAGACUGAAAUUGAGGUUCCUGGUUGGGAUAGCUUAAACCCGGGCACCCUACAGCUGGUUUCAAAGUUAAAGAAUCCUUCAGGUUCUUGUUCUGUGGAUGUGAGUGCCACGUGGUGGGAAAUAGCUGGUUUCAAAGAGCCGUGUAUCAUAACUGCUUGUGAAUACGUCGUUUCUCUUUGGAAACCUCUGGAUGCUUGGCAGUGGGAAAAAAUUUAUUCCUGGCACUUUACAGAGGUUCCAGUAUUACAGAUAGUUGCAGUGCCUGAUGUUUGCAAUCUUGUGUGUGUGGCUUUGGGAAAUUUGGAAAUCAGAGAAAUCAGGGCACUACUUUGUUCUCCCGAUGGUAAAAGUGAAAAGCAAGUGCUCCUGAGUUCUGGAAAUAUAAAAGCUGUGCUUGGCCUGGCAAAGAGGAGGCUUGUCAGUAGCAGUGGGACCCUUUGUGAUCAGCAAGUCGAAAUUAUGACAUUUGCCGAAGAUGGAGGAAGCAAAGAAAAACAGCUUUUGAUGCCCCCUGAAGAGACCAUACUAACUUUUGCUGAGGUUCAAGGGAUGCAGGAAGCUCUGCUUGGUACCACUAUAAUGAACAACAUUGUUAUUUGGAACUUAAAAACUGGUCAGCUCCUGAAAAAGAUGCACAUCGAUGAUUCCUACCAAGCUUCAGUCUGUCACAAAGCUUACUCUGAAAUGGGGCUCCUGUUUGUUGUUCUGAGUCACCCUUGCACCAAAGAGAACGAGUUAUUGGGAAGCCCUGUGUUUCAGCUGAUUGUGAUUAACCCGAAGACAACCCUGAGUAUGGGUGUGAUGCUCUACUGCCUUCCUCACGGGCAAGCUGGAAGGUUCCUGGAAGGCGACGUGAAAGACCAUUUCGCAGCAGCAAUAUUGACUUCUGGAACCAUUGCCGUUUGGGACUUACUCUUGGGUCACUGCACUGCCCUCCUUCCUCCUGUCUCUGGCCAGAAUUGGUCUUUUGUUAAAUGGUCAGGUACAGAUUCUCAUUUGUUGGCUGGACAAAAAGAUGGAAAUAUAUUUGUAUACCGCUACUAAAAAGUUAGGGUAACCUGGAAAACACAGUGUUCUGGGUAUUUUUGGCCUCUUAGUACUCUUGGGAGUUGCUCCUUUAAAGGAGACUAUUUGAAAGAGUUUUAAAACAUUUACUUACCUGUGUUCAUUCUGACAAACUGUGUUCUGAUGGUGGGGCACUACUGAUUUUGAAUGCUCAUUUGUACUUACUUUGGG